AUGACUUCGAUUGGCACAGGUUACGAUUUGUCGGUCAGCACCUACUCGCCGGACGGCCGCAUUUUCCAGGUCGAAUACGCACAGAAGGCCGUAGACAACAGCGGCACGGCGAUCGGUCUGCGUGUCAAGGACGGCGUAGUCCUGGCAGUGGAGAAGAUCAAGCACUCGCGCCUGCUGGUGCCCGAGUCGAACCGGCGCAUCAUGACUGCCGCGAAGCAUGUCGGCAUUGUGUCGGCCGGGUGGAUGUCGGACACGCGGCACCUGGUGAAGCGCGCGCGGGAAGAGUCGCGCAACUACCACGACACGUACAAGCGCGAUGUUCCCGCAAAGAUCCUGGCCGAGCGCAUGGGCAUGUACAAGCAGGUGUACACGCUCUAUUCGGCUGUGCGGCCGUUUGGCGUCGGCACGAUCAUGGCAAGCUACGAUGCCGAUGGUCCGCAGCUAUACAUGGUGGAGCCCUCGGGUCAGUACUUCGGAUACCACGGGUGUGCUGCUGGCAAGGGCAAGCAGGUGGCAAAGACUGAGAUCGAGAAGCUGAAGCUGAGCGAGAUGACUGUGCGUGAGGCCAUCAAGGAAGCCGCACGCAUUAUUUACUCGGCCCACGACGAGACCAAGGACAAGCUGUUUGAACUCGAGCUCUCCUGGGUGUGCGAGGAAUCGGGCCGCAAGCAUCAGCGCGUGCCGAAGGAGCUCAUCGAGGAGGCCAUCCAGUAUGCUGAGAGGGCGCUGGAUGAGGACGACGACGAGAUGGACGACGACGAGGAGUAG